UUCGCUUAGUUAAACGCGAACACCUACGGAUAUUUGACGGCCGGGUCCGGGUGAAUAUCAGCCUGAACGCAGAACUCCACGGGGGCUAUGAGUUACCGCAGAUAGGAUUUCCAUUGAAAUAGUCCCGCAAAAUGAGUUCCGCUGGUGGCGACAAGUACCAAUAUCUAGCUGCCAUAAGUGUAAACAUCAUUUCGAUAUCGUAUGGCGCAUUUUGCGGUUGGCCCUCGUCCAGUUUCCUGGAACUGUCAGCCGAGAACAGUCCCUUGGACACGGGUCCUUUGACUCCCACGGAUCAGGGAUGGGUGGCCUCGAACAUAUGCUUGGGCGGCCUGGUGGGCACUUUUCUGUUCGCCUGGCUGGCGGACAAAAUCGGCAGGAAGUGGUGCCUCAUGUGGAUGGCGCUGCCCAAUUUGCUGGGCUGGGUGAUAAUACCCUUCGCGCGCAACCCCAUGCAUUUAAUAAUCGCUCGAUUUGUCGGCGGAGCCGCUGGAGGUGGCUGCUUCACGGUGAUACCCAUUUAUAUAGCCGAACUGGCCUCCGACAACAUUCGCGGCAUUUUGGGCGUCUUCUUGGUGCUGACGUGCAACUUCGGUCUCGUGCUGGCUUUCAUCCUUGGCUACUACUUCAACUACGCCCAAGUGUCCUGGAUUGUGUCCUCGUUGUCCUUUGUGUUCGUCGGCUGCUUCUGGUUCAUGCCGGAGACACCGCAGCACCUGGCCAAGACAAACAAGAUUGAGGAGGCGGAGCACUCGCUGCGCUACUACCGCAACAUAAAAUCGAAUCCGGCCAAGGAGCUCAGCGAGGAGCUGCAGCUGGAGCUGCAGAAGCUGAGAACCACCGAGAAGACCGCUGCGGACGACGAUGAUGACGAUGGCGCAGCUGCCGGCGCGACUUGGUCCGACUUCGCCGAGGGCAAGACCCGCAAGGCCUUCCUAAUCGGACUCGGACUGAUAAGCUUCAAUCAGCUGUGCGGAUGCUUCGCCAUGCUGAACUACACGGCCGUGAUUUUCGAGCAGGCGGGCUCCAGCCUGCCGCCCACGGUGGCCGCCAUCAUAGUGGGUGUCAUCCAACUGCUGGGCACCUACACAUCCACCGUCUUGGUGGAGCGACUGGGCCGGAAGAUCCUGCUCCUGGUCUCGGCAGUGGGAAUCGGUUUGGGCCAGACUGUAAUGGGCACGUAUAGCUACUGCCAGGUGCUCGGCAAGCCGGUGGCAUCGUUCAGCUGGGUGCCCAUCGCCGGGUUCUCCUUCAUGCUGUUCCUGGCUGCGGUCGGACUGCUCUCCCUGCCAUUCCUGGUGGUAUCGGAGAUCAUGCCGCAGAAGAUGAGGAGCUCUGCCCUAAUGAUUCUGAUGUCCACGCUCUGGUUGAUUUCCACCUGCACCAUAAAGUUGAUGCCGGUUUUCACGGCAAACCUAGGAAUGCACGGCACCGUCUUCAUGUUCGCCAGCUUAUCCUUCCUAGCAGCUAUUUUCAUCGCCAUUUUCGUGCCCGAAACCAAGGGCAGGACAGUGGAAGCCAUCUUGGCCAAUCUCUAGUACCUACGACUAGUAUUAAUAUGUAAUAACCGCUUGUUAUUGUUUUUAAUAAAUGCGCGAAGAAGUGC